AUAAAGAUCAUUGAUAAGACACAGCUGGACGAAGAGAACCUGAAGAAGAUAUUUAGAGAAGUUCAGAUCAUGAAGAUGCUUUGCCACCCACAUAUCAUCAGGUUAUACCAGGUUAUGGAGACGGAGAGGAUGAUUUAUCUAGUGACAGAGUAUGCUAGCGGAGGGGAAAUAUUUGAUCACUUGGUGGCCCAUGGGCGUAUGGCAGAGAAGGAAGCCCGGAGAAAGUUCAAGCAAAUAGUGGCCGCCGUCAACUUUUGUCACUGCCGUAAUAUAGUCCACAGAGAUCUGAAGGCAGAAAAUCUACUUCUGGAUGCCAACCUUAACAUCAAAAUAGCAGAUUUCGGGUUCAGCAACAUCUUCACACCCGGUCAGCUGCUGAAAACCUGGUGUGGGAGUCCUCCCUAUGCUGCUCCAGAGCUCUUUGAAGGAAAGGAAUAUGAUGGGCCAAAGGUUGACAUUUGGAGUCUCGGCGUGGUGCUGUACGUGCUGGUCUGCGGCGCUCUGCCCUUCGACGGGAGCACGCUGCAGAACCUGCGGGCGAGGGUGCUCAGCGGGAAAUUUCGCAUUCCAUUUUUCAUGUCCACAGAAUGUGAACAUCUGAUCCGCCACAUGCUGGUCUUGGACCCGAGCAAGCGGCUCUCCAUGGAGCAGAUCUGCAAACACAAGUGGAUGAAGCUUGGGGAGGCUGAUGCGGAGUUUGACAGGCUGAUAGCAGAGUGUCAGCACCUGAAGACUGAGAGGCAGAUGGAGCCGCUGAACGAGGAUGUGUUGCUGGCAAUGGCGGACAUGGGGCUGGACAAGGAGCGCACAAUUCAGUCAUUACGAGCCGAUGCCUAUGAUCACUACAGUGCAAUCUACAGCCUGCUCUGCGACCGUCUGAAGAGAAACAAGAAUCUGCGCAUUGCAGCAUCUCCAAAUAUACCACGGACCAUGACCUUCCCCACCUCCGCUAACAUCCAGACAGAACAGACAGGCAAUACCUUGAGCAUCAAUGUGCCACAAGUCCAGCUCAUCAACCCUGAAAACCAAAUUGUGGAGACUGACGGAACAAUGAACUUGGACAGUGAUGAAGGGGAAGAGCCAUCGCCUGAAGCUCUGGUCCGUUACCUCUCCAUGAGAAGGCACACGGUUGGAGUUGCUGACCCACGGACGGAAGUCAUGGAAGAUCUACAGAAGCUCCUGCCUGGCUUCCCCCGCGUCACUCCUCAGGCUCCAUUCCUGCAGGUGACCCCGAACGUGAACUUCAUGCACAACGUGCUGCCAAGGCAGAACCUGCAGCCCACGGGUCAGCUGGAGUACAAGGAGCAGUCCCUGCUGCAGCCCCCCACGCUGCAGCUCCUGAAUGGCAUGGGCCCCCUGGGCCGGAGGGCAUCGGACGGCGGAGCUAACAUCCAGUUACAUGCACAGCAACUGCUCAAACGUCCUCGAGGUCCAUCUCCGCUCGUCACUAUGACGCCAGCUGUCCCAGCUGUCACCCCUGUGGAUGAGGAGAGCUCUGAUGGGGAGCCAGAUCAGGAAGCUGUGCAGAGUUCUAUUUACAAGGACUCAAAUACUCUGCACCUCCCCACCGAACGCUUCUCCCCGGUUCGGCGCUUCUCUGAUGGUGCUGCCAGCAUCCAGGCUUUCAAAGCCCACCUGGAGAAGAUGGGCAAUAACAGUAGCAUCAAACAGCUUCAGCAGGAGUGCGAGCAGCUUCAGAAGAUGUAUGGUGGGCACAUGGACGAGAGGACGCUGGAGAAGACCCAGCAGCAGCACAUGUUGUACCAGCAGGAGCAGCACCAUCAGAUUCUUCAUCAGCAGAUUCAGGAUUGUAUCCGGCCACCCCAGCCAUCUCCACCAUUGCAAGCUCCAUGUGAAAACCAGCCAGCUCUGCUCACCCACCAGCUUCAGAGGUUACGGAUUCAGCCAUCCAGCCCACCCCCGAACCACCCCAAUAACCAUCUCUUCAGGCAGCCAAACAGCAGCCCACCUCCCGUGAGCAGCAGCGUGCUCCAGCCCCACGGUGCCGCCUCCCAGUCCCAGUUCCAAGGGAUGCCGUCCCACAACACAAUCUUCCCGCAGUCCGGUAACUGUUCCCCACCCCCAGCCAUGGGGCUGACGUGCCUGGGCCUGCAGCAGCAGUCGCAGCCCCAGCAGGUCACUAUCCAAGUGCAGGAGCCCGGCGACAUGGUCAGCAACAACCUCCUGCAAGGGGCCUCUGUGGCCGGGCAGGGCAUGCCCUCCCACGCGCGGGGCAUGCCCAUCAGCCCCGGCGCCAACCAGAUCCAGCUGCAGCACCGUGCUAACCUGAUGGCCUCCCUCACCUACGGCCACAGGCAGCUGCUGCAGCACAGUCACUUGUCCUCUCUUCUUUGCAGCCUGAACGUGAACAGGUAUCCCGCCACCAACUACGACCAGGUGCACUUACACCCCCACCUGUUCCCAGAGCAGCCUCGCGUUUCCCCCAGCAACUACAGCCCGUCGGGAGGAGUUGGGUUUCCUCCAGCUCAGCAAGCUCUGAAAGUCCCCCAGCUCGACCAGUACCCCACUUUCCCUCAAAACGCACAUCAGCAACAGCAGCACUACACUGCAUCGGCACUACAGCAAGCACUGUUGUCCCCGACACCUCCUGACUACAGCCGACACCAGCAAGUACCGCACAUCCUCCAGGGACUGCUUUCUCCCCGGCACUCACUCACAGGGCACACGGACAUGCGGCUGCCCCAGGCAGAAUUUGCACAGCUCAUCAAACGGCGGCAGCAGCAGCAGCAAGAAUUUCAAGAGUUGUUCAGGCAUAUGAGUCAAGGGGAUGCUGGGAAUAUGGGCACCAGCGUGGGACAGAACCUCUCGGAGCGCCAGUCGCUGUCUUUGCCUUAUCAGAGCGCUGACACGUACCACCCGCAGAACAGCCCCCAGCAUCUCUUAAAAAUCAGGGCGCAAGAAUGUAUCCAGCAGGUACCUGCGUCAGUGCCGCCGCACGGAUACGUACACCAGCCGGCCCUGUUCCAUUCGGAGAGCAUGGAGGAGGACUGCGCGUGCGAGGGGGCCAGGGACAGCUUUCCAGACAGUAAGAGUUCAAACACAUUGACCAAAGGUUGCCACGAGACCCCUCUGCUGGUAAACGCAGGAGGGCACGGGGACCCAGAAUCUUUGCUAGGAACUGCUAAUCACGCGCAGGAGUUGGGGACGCACCAAUACAGGCAUCAGCCCGCUGCUGGAUUCAGUAGGAAUAAGGUGCCCAGCAGAGAGUCCGUUGUAGGGAACUGUAUGGACAGGAGUUCCCCCGGCCAAGCGAUGCAGGUGCCUGACCACAAUGGACUGGGCUACCCUGUGCGACCCGCCUCCAGCGAGCACCCGCGGCCCAGGACCCUGCAGAGACAUCACACCAUUCAGAACAGUGAUGAUGCCUACGUGCAGUUAGAUAACUUGCCUGGAAUGAGUUUAAUGGCAGGAAAAGCACUAAGCUCCGCUCGGAUGUCUGAUGCCGUCCUCAGCCAGUCGUCGCUGAUGGCCAGUCAGCAGCUGCGCGACAGGGAGAGUGAGGAACGCGGGGAGAGUUUGGAAGGUCAAGAGCAUCCCAACCUAGGUGAUGGCAACCAGCAUCUAAACACCUCCUGUUACCCGUCGACAUGUAUUACAGACGUCCUGCUGAGCUACAAGCACCCGGAGGUGCCCUUUGGGAUGGAGCAGGCAGGGGUGUAGCCAGGAGGGAGUUUUCUGUACAGCUUUGAAACAAAAAGGUCCAUUUUAAACCAACAGUAUCUAGCAGCAUUGCGCCAAAUUGCCGUAGUAUUUCUGACUAACUGGAAUACCAUGGCCCCUUUCCUCAUAAUCAGUUCAUCCAGUGUGUUGUUCCUUUGGUUUCCUU